AUGAACUCAUUUCGAUCAUAUGUUUGGGAUCCAGGACUGAUUAUCGCGCAGAUAACGUGUAUACAGGCAGCAUUCUACACGACUUAUUGUUUACUUAUAUUUCUGGCCUUUUAUAAAAACUGGUAUCCCAGUCUAGAAUAUGUAUUCUUGAAGCAGGUUACACUUCAUGGAACAGUUAUUCAAUUGUUCUCAUCUGCAGUUUGUUCUUUCAUAUUAUAUAAAGCUGUUGGACGCUCAAAACAGUGCUUGGAUUUUGCGUGUACUUUACAUUUUUGGCACUUUACUGCUGUUGUACUGUAUCAUAAAUCGAUCCCCACACAAAUUUUAUGGUGGAUUUUGCAACUUCUGAGUACAGCUCUGUGUACAUUAUUAGGUGAAUACCUUUGCUUAGAAGCUGAAUCUAAAGAUAUUCCGCUGCUAAAUGAUUCUGGGUAUGAAAUAUAG